AUGGUCACUGGGAGCUCGGGCACAAACCGGAUGCUGGGACUGCCACACAUCAAGGAAAUGAUCUAUGAAAACCGAAUGACUUAUGCUGAGAAACACGGGCUCGAGUUUAUGUGGGCGAACAUGACAAGCUACAAUCUGCCCGAUGGUGCUCCGAUAUAUUGGAACAAGAUUCCUAUUUUGAAGGAGGCUUUCGCUCGAUACCCACAUGCGGAAUGGAUUUGGUGGCUGGACGUCGACAUUAUCGUGAUGAACAUGUCACUCAGCAUUCAUGACCAUGUCCUAUCCAAAGAAGGACUGGCUCGCAACAUCCUCCUUGAUCGAGCAAUGACUGGUGCUGGCGGUGGAGAAACCGGCUACCGCACGCCUGCAUCUUACAAGCCCGAUGAUAUCAAUUUUGUCAUCUCCAUGGAUUCGUGGGGCAUGAAUGUUGGCAAUUUUUUAAUGCGCCGUGGAGACUGGAGCAAAUGGCUGCUAGAUCUAUGGAUCGAGCCACUUUACAUUUCCCAAAACUGGGUGUUUCCGGAGAAUGAUGCUUGGACACAUAUGUGGCAGUACCAUGAUAUCGUUCGAGACCAUACAGCAUGCAUGAAACAACGCUCGAUGAAUGCAUAUCCGGAUUACAAUUUUCUUGGUGAGCACUGGCAGCCAGGUGAUCAUAUUGUCCACUUUGCAGGCUGUGGCGAUGAUCCCAUAUGCGAGAUUAAGUGGAGGAAAUACUGGGAUAUGCGUGAGCAAGUAGAAGUCCCGAUAUCUGUGAAGAAGAAGUUGGCAGAUGGUACUGCGGAGAUUGAAGAUAUUCAAAGCGGCGUUGGGCUACCAAGCAGCCCAUAG